GUGGAGGCGCGCGGAGUUAAAGAGCCGAGCUCGCGCGCGUGUGUGUGUGUGUGUGUGUUUAUCGGUGUUAUUUAUUGAGCGGCGAUGGAGACGGUGCUGGACUCGUUCUCGUGCCUGGACUCCUUCUCGUCGCCCUACUUCGACGACGACGACUUCUUCGCGUGCCGGAGCGACGACUUCUUGGACGACGACGUGGACUUUUUCGCCACUCAGCUGCAGGACUGCUGCGACGCCGCGAGCUUCUCUUUCUCCUCCUCUUCGUCCUCCUCCUCUUCCUCGUCGUCCUCCUCGCUGAAGCGCAGGCGGCGCGCGCGCUCCGAGCUCGAGGCGCAGCAGCUCCGGCAGGCCGCGAACGUGCGCGAGCGGCGGCGCAUGCAGUCCAUCAACGACGCGUUCGAGGGGCUGCGCUCGCACAUCCCCACGCUGCCCUACGAGAAGCGCCUGUCCAAAGUGGACACUCUGCGCCUGGCCAUUGGAUACAUCAACUUCCUGGCCGAGCUCGUGCAGUCAGACGCGCCGAUCCGCAGCUCGAGCAGCGAAGCGCUCAACCCGCCCAAAAAGAUCAUCAUCUGCCACAGAGUCACCAGACCUCCUUCUCCUAAUGACCCGGAUUACGGUCUGCCCCCCCUGGCUGGUCACUCUCUGUCCUGGACCGAUGAGAAGCAGCUGAAAGAACAGAACAUCAUCCGGACAGCUAAAGUGUGGACCCCCGAAGACCCCCGCAGACUGCACCUCAAAUCCUCCCUCAACAACAUCGAGAACAUCGAGCCUCCCUUCAGCUUUGUCUCCUAAAGCUCUGCUCGCGUGCGCAGAUCAGCUCCGCACGCGUGGACGUGGAUGCGUGUAGCUGUCGUGCGGGAACCUCCGCGCGCGUUCUGUCCUGUCACUAUAUGUAAAUAUUUAUUAUUGUCGUUUCAGCCGUCCGGUCUGGAACGAGCCUCGAGCCGCGGGCAAUCACGUGUAGUAUUUAAUCUGAAUGAUGUGAUAAUAUAUUUUUUUUUCUAAUUUAACGUUGAUUUGUAUGUCAAACCGAAACGAAACCUAUUUUUUAUAAAAAUGAAACUGUACCGUGCAUCGAAUGGUCUAUAUUUAUACUGAUGACUCAAUAAAUUUUCAUAUUGAUUCAUAAA